AUGAAUUCACAGAGAUGUGCCGCCGUCGUCGUGGGAGCCGGCCCCGCCGGUCUCGCCGUUAUUGGGAAUUUGUUGGAGAAGCAACUAGGGGGGAAGAUCGCCUGGAUUGACCCAUACUUUCAGGCUGGUCGGGUGAAUCGCAAAUACCGCGAAGUGCCUAGUAACACCAAAGUUGCCCUGUUCCAAGCGUAUGCCACAGCUGUGCAGCCCUUCCGCUCCGUCAUCAACAGCACCCGUAUUCCAAGUCCAUUCUCGACAAUGGCCAAACUCGACCAGGAGAAGACCUGUCACCUGCAUCAUGCGGCAGAUAUGGUCCGUGCCUUGACCGAGGGCAUCACCAAGAUGGACCAGGUUUAUGCGUGUCGGGGGUAUGUCACAGCGGCCAACCUGGUAGAGAAAACUUCGUCUUGGACCGUUCGGAUCCAACGCGCGGACCACCUCGACGAAGUUGAGAUCAUAACCCCUAGACUCAUCUUGUGUACGGGAUCAUCGCCGACAGAGGUACCGAUCCCUGUAUAUGGACAGCACAUCGAGAGGUUGGAUCUAGAUGUAGUGCUCAAACCUAGUGACCUCGUCUCGUAUCUUCCCCGCAACGAGCCCCAGACGGUGGGAGUUGUCGGAGCUUCCCAUAGUGCUAUUCUGGCGCUCCUCAACCUGGUAGAUCUGGCCCACAGUACCCACCCCCAGCUCCGCAUUAAGUGGUUCACUCGGCAUCCGCUGAGGUAUGCGGAGUACAUGGAUGGCUGGAUUCUGCGGGACAACACUGGCCUGAAGGGUUCCGCUGCCGACUUUGCCCGGCAACAGCUGGAGGAGGACAAACUCCCUCAUUCCGAAGCUGGUCGGUUCAUCACCAAGGUGGACUGCGGAGGCGGCCAGGAAGCGGCACAGUAUGAACGGCAUCUGCGUCUGAAGGGCCAUCUCCUCGACCCUGAAUUUGACUCGGUGUCCGGUGGUUUCCAUGAUGCGACUGGCCGUGUCGUCCCGGGUUUGCAUGGAGCAGGAAUUGCAUUCCCAGAACGAGUGGUCGAUCCUUACGGCAAUGUCGAACAUGCUGUUGGAUUCUGGAAGUUUAUGAAAUUUAUCAAGAGACUCUUCUCCGUCAACGGCCACUACCUAUCAUGGCGCCAACGCCGCGACUUCUGUGACGCAACUGGCCUCCCCCUCUCCAAGUUGCACCGUAAAGGAACGGGCGGGACCUGGUUCGUCCAGUUACCGGGUAGUACUAGUAGCUCUACUCCGAUCGUUACACUCGCGCCUCGAUGGAGCGCCACGAAGGGCAAAUUCGACGUGUUUUGCGCGAACGCCGUUGGUUGCGGGGAAGAGAUCGUCCUCGAGGUCCGAGGACAGGAUAUCUGGAAGAUGAAAACGCUUGUCUACUGCAAUGGCGAAGUAGUCGUGGCGGUGCGGUUUACGAAACUAAUGCAGUGCAAUGUGAUGAUCAAGAAGCCCGAAUGGGAGGUGGAGAUUACCGAAAGCAUAGAUCUAGUGUUAGCGUCCAUGAUUACGGUGCUUCUGGCGGAGAUGCUUACGGGUGGUCUUGCGCCUUCGUCAUAUUCUCCUUCUUCUCCCUGUUCCGGGCCUGGUGUUGAUUGUGGAGGGACGAAGUCGUCUGCGACGUAG